AGAGAAGGGUGGAAGGGGGAGCGCGCGUAGGCGGCGUUUGUCUUGGCUCGCGUCCGCACUGUUCCCCGCACGGCUGGCGCGCGGGUGCUCGAACUUCUCGGCCACUGUCCUCGUGCCCGCGCCAGAGUUGGCGUUGAUCGCAGUGCGCUGGGGAACGAGUGACUCAGUUGCUACAGGGGCAGCGAAGGGAGGCGGGAAGGCAGCAACGCAAAGGCAGCGGCUGACCCCCGCACGCUUCUGCGCCCGCGUGCUUGCGGGGCUACGAGGAGGGGGCGGCUGCGAGCCUUGCCGCCGCCGUUGCAAGUCCUCCUCGGAAGGCUUCCCUCCUCCUUCCCCAGCGGAACGUCCUCCCCCUGCCCGCCCUCUCCUUCCUCCUGGAGCGAGCGAACGUGUGAGCAGCGAUGGCGGCCGCCGGAGUCCUGGCCAAGCACGAGCAGAUCCUGGUGCUCGAUCCGCCCACCGACCUAAAAUUCAAAGGUCCUUUUACAGAUGUAGUCACCACGAAUCUUAAACUACGAAACCCAUCAGACAGAAAAGUAUGCUUUAAAGUAAAAACUACAGCACCUCGUCGAUACUGUGUGCGGCCAAAUAGUGGAAUUAUUGACCCAGGAACUGCAGUAACUGUAUCCGUUAUGUUACAGCCUUUUGAUUAUGAUCCAAAUGAGAAGAGUAAACAUAAGUUUAUGGUACAGACGAUCUUUGCCCCUACAAACAUUACAGAUAUGGAAGCAGUGUGGAAGGAUGCAAAAUCUGAGGAAUUAAUGGACUCCAAAUUGAGAUGUGUAUUUGAAAUGCCUAAUGAAAAUGAUAAGCUGAAUGAAAUAGAAACAAAUAAAUCUGCUCCAAUACUGAACACAACAAAACAAGAUGGUCUGGUGCCAAAAUCACAUAGUGUUUCACUUAAUGACACUGAAACAAGGAAGCUAGUGGAAGAAUGCAAAAGACUUCAGGCAGAUGUCGUGAAACUAUCAGAGGAAAAUAGACAUCUGAGAGAUGAAGGCUUGAGGCUGAGAAAGGUGGCACACUCAGAUAAACCUGGACCAUCAGGCUUGGCCCUCCGAGAGAAUGGCUCCAACCCUCUUCCUUCACUCCUUGUUGUAAUUGCAGCCAUUUUCAUUGGAUUCUUUUUAGGGAAAUUCAUCUUGUAGAAAGGGAGAGAGAAGAGAGAGAGAAGCAUGCAGAAUGCUGCUUCCUUUUUUUUCUUGGCCAGAAAAAAAAACCCUACCACUUCAUUGGUAGUAUGGCCAAAGUGACCAUUUUUGUGUACAGCAUCAUACAGGCUUUGCCUCUAAUGAUCUUGCACGGUUAGACAACACGAUAAAAAGACAAACUGUUCGGCUGCUGGACAAAAUUGUAUAUUAAUUCAUUAAUAGCAGGUGUCAGUUGCACAUUCAGUCCUUUAUGAAAACUCAUAAAUAAAGAAUUGUUCUUUC